GUAGGCUGCGUGCGGGGGUGGGACCCCGAGGCCUGCGCGUGGGCCUGGAGGGUCGCUUCUGUGGCUGUUUUCCGAUAGUUUGGGGUGGGGUGGCUUGGCCCGGCUCGCGAAGCUUGCGGACGCGCCCUGGCGGCCCCGCCACACCGCCGGAGUCCAACUCCAAGCGGCGAAGGCACUUUGAGGGAAUGGCGUCCUCGGAGGGAGGCUUUUGUCACGCCUGAGGCGGGCCUGAGAUGUCUCACCUUAGUGCUCACCUGGACCUCGCUCCUUUUACAGAAGGUGAUUCUGGGCUGGCCUGUGACUUGCUCUGACCAGUGGAAUGUGCUGGAAGUGAUGCUAUGCCCUUGGGAGGCUGCACUGUGCCGUAAAGGAGCUCAGGCUAGAUUACUGGCUGAUGAGAGGCCAUGCAGAGAGGGAGAGGCCAGGAGGAGGAACCUGAGGCGCCAGAGGUGAAUGAAGCCUUCCCACCCAGCCCACCUACUGUUGGAAUGCAGUCUCCAGAACAAACUACAAUCUCAGAGGAGGAGAGACCACGGUGAAGGAGGGACUAAAGGCAGCUGCGUCGGAACCUGGAAGGGGCCUUCCCUCCUUUUGAAGAAUGGCUCCUUCUUGGCAGAGGCUGGGUUUAUAUGCCUCUCUUCUGAAAAGGCAGCUAAAUGAUGGUCCAGAUGUCAUCAAAUGGGGAAGGAGAGUGAUUCCAGGAUGUUCCAGAGGUAUUUACAGUGCCACGGGAAAGUGGACCAAAGAGUAUACGCUGCAGACAAGAAAGGAUGUGGAGAAAUGGUGGCAUCAACGAAUAAAAGAACAGGCCUCCAAAAUUUCAGAAGCUGAUAAAUCAAAGCCCAAGUUUUACGUGCUUUCCAUGUUCCCUUAUCCUUCCGGCAAGCUGCACAUGGGCCACGUGCGUGUGUACACCAUCAGCGACACCAUUGCACGCUUCCAGAAGAUGAGAGGGAUGCAGGUUAUCAAUCCUAUGGGAUGGGAUGCAUUUGGAUUGCCUGCCGAAAAUGCUGCGAUCGAGAGGAAUCUACAUCCAGAAAGUUGGACGCAGAGUAAUAUUAGACACAUGAGGAAACAACUUGAUCGACUGGGCCUGUGUUUCAGCUGGGAUAGAGAAAUAACCACAUGUUUACCAGAUUACUACAAAUGGACUCAGUAUCUCUUUAUUAAACUCUAUGAAGCUGGACUGGCCUAUCAGAAAGAGGCCUUGGUUAACUGGGACCCAGUGGAUCAAACAGUGCUUGCCAAUGAGCAGGUGGAUGAACAUGGCUGUUCGUGGCGUUCUGGAGCAAAGGUGGAACAGAAGUACCUCAGACAGUGGUUUAUUAAGACAACUGCUUAUGCAAAGCCCAUGCAGGACGCGCUGGCAGACCUUCCAGAAUGGUACGGAAUAAAAGGCAUGCAGGCCCACUGGAUCGGGGACUGUGUGGGCUGCCAUUUGGACUUCACAUUAAAGGUUGAUGGGCAAGUCACAGGAGAAAAGCUGAGCGCCUACACGGCCACCCCCGAGGCCGUUUACGGCACCGCCCACGUGGCCAUCUCUCCCAGCCACAGACUCUUACAUGGGCACAGCUCUCUGAAGGAAGCCUUUCGGAAGGCUCUCAUCCCUGGCAAAGAUUGCCUCACGCCCGUGACAGCUGUGAACAUGCUCACCCAGCAGGAAGUCCCUGUUGUCAUCUUGGCCAAAGCUGACUUUGAGGGCUCUCUGGAUGCAAAAAUAGGAAUUCCCAGCACCAGCUUAGAGGACACUGUCUUAGCCCAAACCCUGGGCCUGUCGUACUCUGAAGUCAUUGAAACCAUGCCAGAUGGCACGGAGAGACUGAGCAGCUCUGCGGAGUUCACAGGUAUGAACCGGCCGGAUGCAUUUCUAGCCCUGACUCAGAAAGCCCGGAGGAAGAGAGUGGGCGGAGAGGUGACAAGUGAUAAACUGAAGGACUGGCUGAUCUCUCGGCAGCGGUACUGGGGCACGCCCAUCCCCAUGGUCCACUGCCCGGCCUGCGGUCCUGUGCCCGUGCCUCUGGAGGACUUGCCUGUGACCUUGCCCAGCAUCACCUCUUUCACUGGCAAGGGAGGCUCCCCACUGGCCUCGGCUUCGGAGUGGGUGAAUUGCUCCUGCCCUAGGUGCAAGGGAGCAGCCACGAGAGAGACAGAUACGAUGGAUACCUUUGUUGAUUCUGCUUGGUACUACUUCAGAUAUACCGACCCUCAGAAUACUCAGAGCCCUUUCAGCACAGCGUUGGCAGAUUACUGGAUGCCUGUGGAUUUGUACAUUGGAGGGAAAGAACAUGCUGUCAUGCACUUGUUCUAUGCAAGAUUCUUCAGUCAUUUUUGCCAUGAUCAAAAAAUGGUCAAGCACAGAGAGCCUUUUCAUAAACUGCUGGCCCAAGGCCUUGUCAAGGGACAGACGUUCUGCCUACCAUCUGGACAGUAUCUACAGCGAGAGGAAGUAGAUCUCACAGGUUCUGUUCCUGUUCAUGCAAACACGAGGGAGAAGUUAGAGGUGACUUGGGAGAAGAUGAGCAAAUCCAAGCACAAUGGCGUGGACCCCGAGGCCGUUGUGGAGCAGUACGGCAUUGACACCAUCCGGCUCUACAUCCUUUUCGCCGCCCCUCCUGAGAAGGAUAUCUUGUGGGAUGUAAAAACCGACGCUCUCCCUGGGGUGCUGAGAUGGCAGCAGCGUCUCUGGUCCUUGGCAACUCGAUUUAUCGAGGCCAGGGUUUCUGGGAAGGUUCCCAGGCCUCAGCUGUUGAGUAACGAGGAGAAAGCCGAGGGAAGGAAGCUGUGGGAGUACAAGAACUCCAUCAUCUCUCAGGUGACUGCCCAUUUCACAGAGGACUUCUCACUGAAUUCUGCGAUUUCUCAACUGAUGGGACUCAGCAGUGCCCUCUCGCAAGCUUCUCAGAGAGUUGUUCUCCACAGCCCUGAGUUUGAGGAUGCUCUCUGCGCCUUGAUGGUGAUGGCUGCUCCCAUGGCCCCUCACAUAACCUCGGAGCUCUGGGCAGGCCUGGCGCUGGUGCCAAGGAAGCUGUGUACUCACUACGCCUGGGACACCAGUGUGCUGCUUCAAGCCUGGCCAGCUGUGGACCCACAGUUCCUCCAGCAGCCCGAUGUUGUACAGAUGGCGGUUCUGAUCAACAACAAAGCCUGCGGCAAAAUCCCUGUGCCCCAACAAGUUGCCCAGGACCAGGACAAAGUCCACGAACUGGUUCUCCAAAGUGAACUGGGUGUCAGGCUCUUGCAGGGGCGAAGCAUCAAGAAGGCCUUCCUCUCCCCCCGAACCGCCCUCAUCAACUUCCUGGUGCAGGAGUGACUAAAGGGAUGCUGCGGCUACCACGAGGGCUUGAGGCACCUCCUCCAGGCCUGGGAUGAAGGAAGGAGUCUGGGGCCCAGAGACAGGAAAAAAACAAAUGUCUUUUUUAUAUAUAUACAUAAAUUUUUUUUAUUUAUUUAUUUAU